AUGACCAUGAUAUCCGUGAUCAUAUGGGCACUUGUAGGUGGUGAAGCCAAUGGUUAUAACGGACAAAGCUUUUAUAUCAUCAUAAAAUGCAUUGAUAACUGGCCUGCUGAAUAUCGAACAGAAGCCGGACAAGAACGUGCACAUGAUUAUCUUUUGAAGAGCGUUAUGGGCCGUGAUUAUGAUCAAACUCGAAUUGCAUGUGGUGGAUUCUUCUAUAUUCAUGGAGAACUCAAAUGCAAUAGUACUUGGCUGAAUACAAGAAAUCAACAAGGUGCAAGAAGUGACGGAAGAAAAACGUUGAGCGACGAUGAAAGAGCAUUAGUUACUUAUUGUUUUGAUCAAUACAAACGAUCUGGCAAACAUCAGAUCUUCGAAAUGUCUUCAGCUUUAGAUCAAGCCUUUUCAACUGUAACUCAGCCAAGCGAUGCUAUCGUCGGUGUGUUGGUCUUUGAACAAAAAUAUGUUUAA